AGCAAAUACGCAAUGAAUAACAUCGAUCAUCAUCAUAAUGUGGUUAAAAACAGUUUGGCUCAAUUUAUCAAGAAAAAUAUUCCGGGAGCAAACUUGAAAAAUGUUUUAGACGACAUUGUUCUUCAAUACGUAAUUUCAAUUCUCGAAGAAGCAUCGGAAGACGAAAAUUUUGACGUUGAAGCAUUUCAAGAAAUGAUGUCUGCAUACUUUUCUGACUUUGCUAAAAUUAACCCUGCUUUGAUAUAUACCUGGAUUUUUGAGCUCGAAUCUCAACUAUCAAAGUUGAAUGAACCUAAAGAAUGCAAGGAUUUACAAACGAAUUUUGCGUCAUUUAACUUAACGGAUAUGAUACCAGAAGAAAAAUUACGAGGACGUCAACCAAAUCAAGCCUCUGGGCCGGUUAAUACUUUGUUCGAAAACAACGUACAAAUAAAACGCAUUCAACAUUUGUCUGAAACAAGUGAUGGUAGCUGCUCAUCUGACUCAAAUUAUGAUUUGUUUCUUGAAGAGUAUGAUCGUAUGCAAGAAAUGUUUCCUGAAAGUACAUCAACUGAAAUUAAGUAUUGUCUCUCUAUUGCAAAUGGUGAUGUUGAAAGUGCUCGGCAAAUAAUAACACAUCGCCAAGAGUCGGGACAAAGUUUCCAUAAUACAUCACGUAAUUCCAAUAAGCAUUCUGAUAAGAAAGUUGACGAAAAGGAGUUGAAGAAUCGAAUUAUAGAACGUUACUCAUAUAUUGAUCAAAGUGAUACUUCACGCGAACAUCGCCCAGUCAUUCCAAAAGUUGAACCAAAAAAGAUGAUUCGCUACAGAGACAAUAAAAUUGUUUCGUUGAGAGGUGAACGAUACACUGAAAGUCGUGAAGAUGAUCAUGAGCUUCGUAAACCAAAAAAAGUUUUGCCAACCAUGUCUAAUGAAAUAUCAUACGAAGAAAUAUGUCCAGUGACAAAUGAAGUGUUGGGCAUUUCAAAUGGCUUUGAAAAUAAUUCGAUUAUUGUCACCUACAGUCCUAAAAUAGUUUUCGAAAUUCAGGUUACCAACCGCAAACAACUUAGGUCAUGGAUAACUUCAGACAGUCUUUCAUGUAAAGUUGUGUUCGAUACUACCAAACAACAAUAUGUUGGAGUUUUUUCAAGCCAUUAUAUUCGAUUUUGGAAUGAAGAUGCAAAUGAUAUAAACAUAUUAAAAAAGCAUAAAAUCAGCAAACGUAUCAUUGAUAUUUUAAACAUAAAUAUCAAUGAAAAGGACAAAAUAUUGAUAAUAUAUGAAGAUGGAUGGUGUGAAUCCCUUCAAAGCGCUUUGAUUAGUAACAACAAAGAUAAUCAAAAAGAAAAAUUUCCUAUAACGAAUGUACAUAAAAAACCCAAAAACAUUAAGUUUACUGAUGGGCUUUUAAGCUUCACAAAAAUAGAGGAAAAUAUUUGCACAUUCUUCUAUACACAGUUAGAUGAAGAUACUUUGAGACCAAUAAGUGACUUUAAAUCUCUAAAGUUGGUAAGAACGGGGCAAGAUGUAUCGCUUAAAGGCUUAACAGUUAUCCUAGGAAAAAAUUCUCAUAAUCCGUCACUUGUAACUAUUUGGUCAGACAACCGUAUCUUCAAAUUACCCUUAAAUUCUAGCGACAAAUUUAAAACUGUUGGUUCCUUGCAUUCUAUGUUGGAUUCUUUAAAUUCCAAAAGGGAAAUGGUAAUUGCUGGAAUUAGUGAGGAAUAUAUUGCUAUAUAUGGUUGCAAACAAAAGAAUGAUGGUGCACUUUUCGUUCUUUAUAAUAUGAAAUACAAAGUCAUUCAAUCAAAAGUAGCUUUCAAAGUUUUCCUGCCUGACUUUUCUGGGAUGUGGCUUGUUAAAAAUAAUGUUUUCUUCAAAUUAGCAAAAAACCUCACGAUGAUUAAAUUCCAAAGAACCAAAACACAAUUAUGCAACAUGAUCGGUUCUCAGCGUGAAUCCAUGAGUUCUAGCGGAAUCGAAAAAGAAAUGAUUAGUGAAGAUAUUAGAUAUGAAGAAAAUAUAGAAUUUGAUGAGGAUCAAUCACUGAUCAUCGACAAGGAAAUCAAAAACUACACGCCUAACAUGAAGUCAUCUCAAAAUAUUACAAAGAACAAAAAAGACGAUAGUGAUGAAUUAAAUAUGAAGCUUAACAGAUUUUAUUUCGAAGAACUUUCAGUUGAUGUUUUCAAACGAAGUGUCAAUGGAAGAUAUCCUGUAAUAACUCUACAUCCAACUCUUACCGAAAAUAUCGAAGAAAAAUCUUUACUGUCAACAACUGAAAAACUAUUUUCAUUUAUCAACGAAUUUGAAAACAUGGGAUUCAGUGAAAUUGAAAUAAGCAAUAAAAUUAUUCCAUUAAUAAUUAACGCAAAUCGUCAAGUUGAUACUUGCUUAUUAAUGCGCUUAUUAUUAAAAAUGCAAAGCCAUUUAUCUGAGGAAAUGAUUGUUAGAAUAUUAAAACACUUGUUUCUACAUCCACAAUCGAUGAAAUCUCCUGAAGAAAUUAAUCAGCAAACUGAAAUGUUAAACAUUUUAUUUCAAUGCUCUUAUAACGACUUUACAAUUCAUGGUUAUUUGAGAAAAAUUAUACCUCUGAGUGAGACAAUUUCAAUCAUGGAUUUUUCUUACGACGUCAUUACAAAUUCAUGUUCAAAGGGUUCGUUUGAUGUAUCACAAUUUGGAGGAACACAAUUCGACACAAAUAUAUUCAAAUGGCUGUUGAUUUUAUUGGAUUCUUAUUAUCAACAUUUGCUUUUAAGUUAUGAUAAAAACUUGUAUGAUAAACUUAAAAAAUGGUUUAUUUUGGUUGAAAAAGAAAUGAAAACUCUUUUCGAAUUGUCUGAACUUAAAGGAAAUGUGGAAAAAAUUGUUUCAUGUCAGACAUUGCAGUCAUCCAAAAAAUAUAAUCAACUUUGUACAAUAGAGCAAUUGAACCUGUAUUAGUAAGUCAGAGUAAAAUUGUAGAAUCAAUUUAUUAAAAUAAACAGUUUUAAAAGCAAAAUAAACAUUCUCUAACAUUGC